UCUUAAUAUGCUCUACCUCAUUGAUUGAUUUGAUGCAGAAAAAGAUGAAAAUGUGAUGCUUGUUAAAGACAUUGCAAAAUUCUUACAAUCAAAAUCCAAUAGGGUCCUGUUGACCACGCGUCCCAAAUUCCUGUGUGAUGCACAAAAAAUUUUCGAGAAUCACACAUCUCGUGCAAACAUUUCCGCGAUCCAAAUGAUUGGCCGUGACAAACAUGAAUGUAAAGAAAGUGCGAGGCAAUUUUUUUCAACCUCGGGGGUUAGAAAGUCCAACCCUUGCAAGAAAACUGCUGAAGAAUUUUGUGUACGUAAGCAAGCUGCUGGCAUCACCGAUGUGAGAGCAUCAACUUUAUCUAAGAAAGAUUUCAACUUUUUUCUCAGUUGAUCGCGGAAAGACACACACGCACAUAUAGAAAAGAGAUCCAGUUUGUCGACAACUGCAAGCAGUCUUUCUGCACUCGAAUUGCGGGUAUGUUGCCUGAAGAAGAAUGGUGUUUGAAUGCUGACACUGUGCUGGCUGGAAUGCUACUCCUGCAGCACUGCUGCGUCACAAACCUGCUUGAACUAAGGAUUGAUUUACACGGUGACGUUAACCCCGACGUAGCAAGUGACGAUCUUUGCUCCUUGGGAAAAACUUUGUCAGAAGUAAAGUUGGCCCUCAGCCGACGGAUAUGCAAGAAAAUAAACAUGUGUUUCAACAUCCAGAAUCACUACGAAAACGAUGGAGGUAGAUCAGAGAGAUAUUUAGUCAGCCUCGUUGGCUGGACGAACCUAAUUGAGUUUACUGGAACAAUCAAUUCCGAAGGCGUGAAACAUCUUUCAAGUUUCAAGUACUUGAAAACACUGAAGCUACGAAUAUCUUCACUCAAAGACUUUAAGGCCUUCAUUAAACUCUCUAUUCGAAUGUUCAACAUCUGGAGCAGCUUCACCUUCUGCUUGCUUUUCAUAACUCCAGGAAGCCUCCCUAUAUGCAUGAGUUUGAGGAAAGUAACACUCUUGGAAACGGUCGAUGGAAACCAUCAACAUCCACGUACUCUGGAGUUCAUUUGUGUUUUGGUCGCAUCACUCGGGCCUCUUUUCCUUGGGCUCUCAACAUCGUCAAAAAGUUGUACACUAAAACUUUAUGUCCCUACCAACUGUGCCUGGACCACAAGAAAGACGUGCAAAUAAUCGAGCACCGAUUGAAGAAACUAGUGUCUGAAAAAGCAACGAUGACCACCAAGACUUGGCGCAAGGUCGGCGAGAGGGGCAUGCUUGAACUGGUCUCAAUUAAAG